UUUAUAAAUAUCUAAACAUUGUCAUCAAAAUUAUUAACUCAGAAUCUUGUUGCUGUUGAGUUCGUUAGAAAAAAAGAAGAAGAAGAAGAAUGGCUUUGAGGGCAACCAACAAUUGGAGAUCUAUGCUGGUUCGGUUGGGAGAGAACCGAGCUUUUGCAACCUCAACCGCUCCCAAGAUGAAACCCAUUGCAGAAAACGUUCAUGCUAGUGAACCUACAUGGUCUACCUUCGGCCGUAUCAGGAAAUUUCUUACGAAGCCAGAGAAUGCACCGGUUGCCAUAGUGCUAGGGUUUAUUACGGUGCCUAUUAUUAUUGGGUUGCACAGCCUCAAACAGCAGCUGAUGCAUGCCCCUAGCGUCGUCUUCGAUAAGAAGAAGAGAGAAUCCAUGUUCGAGGUCGAGGAACCAGAUGUUGCCAUGAGCUCAUCCGACAAGUUUAUCAACAAAUCUUUCCUCAGGAAGGUGGGUCAUAUUCAGGAUCCUGGCAACCCCACCAUGCCUGAUCCAGUCCAGCGUGACGCUUUCACUAGGCCUCGCACUGCGGAGACGCUCAAGACUGUUGGAGUGGACCCAAGCCGUCGCUAAGAAGAAGUUUCAAUCUCAACAAUCGGAUUGUGUCUCUAAUUAAGAUCCAAAAACAUACUUUUUGUUCUCAAUUUCUAUGCAUGGUCCCGUUAGAAUAUAUGGUCACCACCAUGGUGGUGUGACAUUGUAAAUAGAAUUUUCGCCAUCUGUUUUCCUCUUUUUUAUUUUAUGUUCAUAGCUUUUUGUUUUAAUGCACAAAAUAUGUCGUAUGGGUUAUGAGGCCCUCCCUCACUAGUACAUUAAUCAGAGGUGUGAGAGGCUCCCAUUUUAGUUUGUUUUCUUGGUUUGUUUGUUCUAAUAAAACAGAGACACCAUACCCUAAAUCAUUA